GUAUGCGCGUAAUAAGUAACAAAGCUUUGUUGUAAUUUAAAGGACCGCAUCAACCAAACGCUCUUAGCAGUCAUGCUUUUUUCUCUUGCAAACGACACGGCUAUUUUGGAAAAGAGGCUGCACCGAAAAGAAGAACGUCAGCUAUUUGGCAUCAUGCGGUACCAAAGGAGGAAAGGGAGAAUAGCGUAGACAACCCGCUGCAGUGGACUGGGGGAUAUCGCACUAUCCCGGACAACAAUUUCCUCAGGAAAUUUACCUGCGAUCUACGUUAAUCACUGAGGAUUUUUGUGAACUAAGACAACGAUUGGAUAUAUCUUUAUGACUGCGGAACUUACAGCCAGGCAUCCUCGUGAUGGUAAAGCGUCUGUUUUACCUGUGAAAGGCUAAAAAGUAAAAGAGUAAACUGAUGGAUCAGAACUUGUUUGGAGGAGUGCCCCGGUUCCUGACCCGGCCAAAGGCCUUUUCAGUGUCCGUUGGCCGAGAUGCCACGCUCAGCUGCACGAUUGUGGGCAAUCCGGUGCCAGUGGUCACCUGGGAGAAGGAGAAGCUACGACUGACCUCUGGGGGGCGCUUCAAGACAGUAGAAGAUGGGGACACAUACCGCCUAACAAUUUAUGACCUGACCCUGGAAGACAGUGGCCAAUACAUGUGUCGUGCCAAGAACACUGUUGGAGAGGCCUAUGCCGCCGUCACCCUCAAGGUGGCCCUGCCGGAGCAGAUUGUGGAUCGGGCCCCCUUGUUCUUGGUCAAGCCUGUCUCUGCCCGGGUCGGCCUGGGGGAGGACGUCACCUUCCAGUGUCGGGUGGCGGCUUACCCAGAACCCACUUUCGACUGGGAGAAGGACGGGCGCUAUGUGGGUGAGUCCAACCGUGUCCAAAUCAGUUCAGACAGCGAUGGAAGCUCCUUGAGGAUCAAGUGUGUCCGCAGCCUGGACAGCGGCACCUACACCUGCCGGGCCCAGAACUCCAUGGGCCGAUCCCAGGCCGCCGCUGCCCUUGUGGUGGAGCUCCAGGAUGCCCGGCAGCUGGCCAAUGCCGACAAGAGCACCUCUCUCCUCUCACACCUGCAGAAGCGCAAGGAGGAGAUGCGCAAGGACAUCACCGUAUACCGCACAACUGAGGCUAUAUCCUCCACUGGCUCCUCCUCCAUCAUCUCCAAGACGCCCGAGGGACUGAGCGGUCUUGGUCUUAGCCUGGCCCAGGACCACGACCGCAUAGCUGCUCUGGCCGGGAAGUUGCCUAAGGGUGUGUUCACCCGUACCUGCACCGUGACGGAGGGCAAGCACGCCAAGCUCAGCUGCUUCGUCACAGGCCGUCCCAAGCCUCACAUCAUCUGGAGGAAGGACGGGACCAACAUCGCAGAGGGCCGCAGGCACGUGAUGUACGAGGACCAAGCCGAGAACUUCAUCCUCAAGGUCUUGUACUGCAAACAGAGCGACAAUGGCCUCUACACCUGCAAUGCCUCCAACCUGGCUGGACAGACAUACAGCGCCGUGCUGGUGAUCGUUAAAGAACCUAAGGUGCAAUUCAGGACAAAGCUGCAGGAUGUGGAGGUGAGGGAGAAGGAGACGGCCAUGCUGAUGUGCGAGGUGCCCGUCCCGGCCACCAAGGCCAGCUGGUUCAUGGAAGAGACACGGCUGGAAGAGAGUGCCAAGUACCGCAUUGAGGCGGAGGGCACCCUGCGCCGGCUCACCAUCCACAACGUCAACACCAACGAUGACGCUGUCUACAUCUGCGAGAUGAAGGAGGGAAGCCGCACUGUGGCCGAGCUCACUGUCUUAGGCAACAUCACCAAGAAGCUCCCGCGGAAGACCGUGGUUCCGGUCAGUGACACGGUGCUCUUCUGUGUGGAGCUGGAGGAACCGUGCGAAGGGGCCUACUGGACCAGGAAAGGCGAGCGGCUGAAGGAGGACGCCCGCGUGUCCAUCGCAUGCGUGGGCCGGCAGUACACCUUGACCAUCCGCGACUGCCGUGCCGAAGACUCUGGGGAGGUCGCCUUUGUGGCCGGAGACUGCAAAACAUCCACGCAAUUCUCCGUCACUGCUCCAAGAAAGCACCCUCCAGACCCCCCAGUCAACCCUGUGGUGAGGAACAAGACCAGCUCUUCGCUCAUGUUGUGCUGGUUGCCACCAGACACUGACCGACCUGUGCCCAUCUCUGGCUAUGUGGUGGAGAGGAAGAAGUUGGGCACCCAAACUUGGGUGAAAUGCCACAUCUCUGCUUUUGUAUCCAGCACUGAAUUUACAGUCAGCGGGAUCACAGAAGAGGCCAGCUACCAGUUCCGCAUUACUGCCGUGAACGACUUUGGCCAGAGCCCUUGUUUGGAAGUGCCUGGAACCUUCUACCUUGAGCCCACCGGGGAGGUGAAGUCUGGCCUGGUGAACAGCACCGCCACGGAGGGCGAGGAGGCCUCCUUCACCGUGGAGCUGUCGGCCAUCUGCUCGGGCUCCUGGUCACUGAAUGGUCACACCCUGCGCAGUGGCGGGGACUACCUCAUCACCCGCAACAAGACCACCCACGUGCUGCUCAUCCGCCAGGUCCGGCAGGAGCUCCACGGGGCCACGCUGCUGUUCACGGGUGGUGGCGCUGAGAGCUCAUGCACGCUCAGCGUGAAGGCUGCCCCAGCACAGUUCACCAAUAAAUCUGCGCAGACAGAGGUGGUGAGCUGCACCGAACAUUCCUCUGCGCAGCUGCAUGCAGAAGUGUCGGACACCAAGAUCUCGGUAGUCUGGAUGAAGGAUGGCCGGGAACUGAAGAUGGGUAAGAAGUAUGAGAGCGUGUGCUCAGACCGCACGCGCCUGCUCAUGGUCCACAACAUGACCGAGGAGGACGCGGGCACCUACGAGUGCGUCUGCGAUGGAGACCGAAUGUCCCUUCAGCUGGCUCUUAAAGAGGAUCCAAGCAAGUUAGUGAACAAGCUCAAGGGCGGCAGCACGGUUAAAUCCCAGCUCAUGGGGGAUCUGGAGCUGAGCUGUGAGGUGCCGUCUGCUGCCAGUGUAGUGGUGUGGAAGAAGGAUCAGGUGGAGUUGAAGGAGGACCAGAGAACCACCUUCAUAUCGCAGGGAACAAUGCGCAAGCUUCGAAUAAAGCGCAUCAAGCAGGAGGAUGAGGGCUUGUACACCUGCGAGUCCACAGGGGACAAAAUGACAUUCCGCGUCAAGGUUAAGGAAUCGCAAGCAAUGCUUACGAAGAAGGCAAUGACAAAGACUGAGUUCUCCUCCUCUUGUGGAGAGACUGUGGUCUUGUCCUGUGAAGUGAAUCAGGCUAAUGCUCAGGGGAAGUGGCUCAGGAUGGGACAGGAAGUGAAGAUAGGUGCAGACUCUAUAGUUGAAGCCAAAGGAACAACCAGAAAGCUGAUACUGAAAAACACAAAGGCUGGGGAUGCUGGCGCGUACUCGUAUAAACUCCCUGACGAUGAGAUAUCAUUCAAUGUGAACAUCAAAGAAACCAAGGCUGUGUUUGUAAACAAGGAGUCUGUACAGAAGGAUGUAAAAGCCUUUCUGUCUGAGAAAGCUACUCUGAGUUGUGAGUUGUCCGACUCUCAGACUGAGGUGAAAUGGUACAAGGAGGGAAAACUGCUGAGCUCAAGCAGGAAGAUCCAUGUGGAGUCAAAGGGGAAGAACCGCCAGCUGGUGUUUGACAGCGUGGAGAAGAAGGAUGCUGGGGAGUACACCUGUGAGGCUGGAGCAGAGAAGCUGGUCUUUAAGAUUCAGGUGGAAGAACCCCAGGCCAUUUUUGCAAACAAGGGUUCUGUACAGAAGGAAGUAAAAGCCAUUCUUUCUGAGAAAGCCGCUCUGAGCUGUGAGGUGUCCGACACUCAGACUGAGUUGAAAUGGUACAAGGAGGGCAAACUGCUGAGCUCAAGCAGGAAGAUCCAUGUGGAGUCAAAGGGGAAGAGUCGCCAGCUGGUGUUUGACAGCGUGGAGAAGAAGGAUGCUGGGGAGUACACCUGUGAGGCUGGAGCAGAGAAGCUGGUCUUUAAGAUUCAGGUGGAAGAAACCAAGGCUGUGUUUGCAAACAAGGAGUCUGUACAGAAGGAUGUAAAAGCCAUUCUGUCUGAGAAAGCUACUCUGAGUUGUGAGGUGUCCGACUCUCAGACUGAGGUGAAAUGGUACAAGGACGGAAAACUGCUGAGCUCAAGCAGGAAGAUCCACGUGGAGUCAAAGGGGAAGAGCCGCCAGCUGGUGUUUGACAGCGUGGAGAAGAAGGAUGCUGGGGAGUACACCUGUGAGGCUGGAGCAGAGAAGCUGGUCUUUAAGAUUCAGGUGGAAGAACCCCAGGCCAUUUUUGCAAACAAGGGUUCUGUACAGAAGGAAGUAAAAGCCAUUCUUUCUGAGAAAGCCGCUCUGAGCUGUGAGGUGUCCGACACUCAGACUGAGUUGAAAUGGUACAAGGAGGGCAAACUGCUGAGCUCAAGCAGGAAGAUCCAUGUGGAGUCAAAGGGGAAGAACCGCCAGCUGGUGUUUGACAGCGUGGAGAAGAAGGAUGCUGGGGAGUACACCUGUGAGGCUGGAGCAGAGAAGCUGGUCUUUAAGAUUCAGGUGGAAGAAACCAAGGCUGUGUUUGCAAACAAGGAGUCUGUACAGAAGGAGGUAAAAGCCAUUCUGUCUGAGAAAGCUACUCUGAGUUGUGAGGUGUCCGACACUCAGACUGAGGUGAAAUGGUACAAGGAGGGAAAACUGCUGAGCUCAAGCAGGAAGAUCCACGUGGAGUCAAAGGGGAAGAGCCGCCAGCUGGUGUUUGACAGCGUGGAGAAGAAGGAUGCUGGGGAGUACACCUGUGAGGCUGGAGCAGAGAAGCUGGUCUUUAAGAUUCAGGUGGAAGAACCCCAGGCUGUUUUUGCAAACAAGGAGUCUGUACAGAAGGAGGUAAAAGUCAUUCUUUCUGAGAAAGCCACUCUGAGCUGUGAGGUGUCCGACACUCAGACUGAGGUGAAAUGGUACAAGGAGGGAAAACUGCUGAGCUCAAGCAGGAAGAUCCACGUGGAGUCAAAGGGGAAGAGCCGCCAGCUGGUGUUUGACAGCGUGGAGAAGAAGGAUGCUGGGGAGUACACCUGUGAGGCUGGAGCAGAGAAGCUGGUCUUUAAGAUUCAGGUGGAAGAACCCCAGGCUGUUUUUGCAAACAAGGAGUCUUUGCAGAAGGAGGUAAAAGCCGUUCUGUCUGAGAAAGCCACUCUGAGCUGUGAGAUGUCCGACACUCAGACUGAGGUGAAAUGGUACAAGGACGGAAAACUGCUGAGCUCAAGCAGGAAGAUCCAUGUGGAGUCGAAGGGGAAGAGCCGCCAGCUGGUGUUUGACAGCGUGGAGAAGAAGGAUGCUGGGGAGUACACCUGUGAGGCUGGAGCAGAGAAGCUGGUCUUUAAGAUUCAGGUGGAAGAACCCCAAGCUGUUUUUGCAAACAAGGAGUCUGUGCAGAAGGAGGUAAAAGCCAUUCUGUCUGAGAAAGCCACUCUGAGCUGUGAGAUGUCCGACACUCAGACUGAGGUGAAAUGGUACAAGGAGGGAAAACUGCUGACCUCAAGCAGGAAGAUCCAUGUGGAGUCAAAGGGGAAGAGCCGCCAGCUGGUGUUUGACAGCGUGGAGAAGAAGGAUGCUGGGGAGUACACCUGUGAGGCUGGAGCAGAGAAGCUGGUCUUUAAGAUUCAGGUGGAAGAAUCCAAGGCUGCAUUUGCAAACAAGGAGUCUGUACAGAGGGAGGUAAAAGCCAUUCUGUCUGAGAAAGCCACUCUGAGCUGUGAGAUGUCCGACACUCAGACUGAGGUGAAAUGGUACAAGGACGGAAAACUGCUGAGCUCAAGCAGGAAGAUCCACGUGGAGUCGAAGGCCAAGAGCCGCCAGCUGGUGUUUGACAGCGUGGAGAAGAAGGAUGCUGGGGAGUACACCUGUGAGGCUGGAGCAGAGAAGCUGGUCUUUAAGAUUCAGGUGGAAGAACCCCAGGCUGUUUUUGCAAACAAGGAGUCUGUGCAGAAGGAGGUAAAAGCCAUUCUGUCUGAGAAAGCCACUCUGAGCUGUGAGAUGUCCGACACUCAGACUGAGGUGAAAUGGUACAAGGACGGAAAACUGCUGAGCUCAAGCAGGAAGAUCCAUGUGGAGUCGAAGGCCAAGAGCCGCCAGCUGGUGUUUGACAGCGUGGAGAAGAAGGAUGCUGGGGAGUACACCUGUGAGGCUGGAGCAGAGAAGCUGGUCUUUAAGAUUCAGGUGGAAGAAUCCAAGGCUGCAUUUGCAAACAAGGAGUCUGUACAGAAGGAGGUAAAAGCUAUUCUCUCCGAGAAAGCUACUCUGAGCUGUGAGGUGUCCGACUCUCAGACUGAGGCGAAAUGGUACAAGGAGGGCAAACUGCUGAGCUCAAGCAGGAAGAUCCAUGUGGAGUCAAAGGGCAAGAGCCGCCAGCUGGUGGUUGACAGCGUGGAGAAGAAGGAUGCUGGGGAGUACACCUGUGAGGCUGGAGCAGAGAAGCUGGUCUUUAAGAUUCAGGUGGAAGAAUCCAGUAAGUUCCAGAAGAAGUCUGCCAUGCAGGACACAGUGAUGGUUCAGGAGAGUGAGAAUAUUAUCUUGGCCGCAGAGCUGGUGUCAGAGAGCACAGCAGUAAGGUGGUUCAGGGACGGUGUGGAGCUGAAGGAGAACAAUAAGUAUGAGACAAAGAAGGAGGGUCUGUCUUGCACCUUAGUGGUGAAGUCUGCUGAAGUCAAAGACAGCGGCACCUACUCCUGCCAGACGGCUGACGACAUGCUUGAAUUCAAGGUUGAGGUCAAAGAGCCUCCCUUGAAGUUUUCUGUGAAGCUGGAGCCAGUAACUGCAGAGCUGGGUGGCACCCUGACUCUGACCUGCGAGCUGAACCGGGCCAAAGGGGACGUGCUGUGGCGCCGCAAUGGCACUGAGGUCAAGCCCAGCCUCAAGUACCGCAUCAGCACAGACGGUGCCAAGCGGGUCCUGACCGUGACAGGGGUGGCCAAGGAGGACGAGGGCGAAUACAGCUGCGAGUGCCUGAAUGACAAGACCUCUGCCAAGGUCUCCACUAAAGCUCCUCGGGUUGUGAGGUUCACAGCCAAGCUUAAUAAUGUAGCAGCGGUGGAAGGGAAGGACGCUACCCUCAAGUGCAGUGUAUCCCCAGCUGACGCAAAGGUGACGUGGCUCCGCAAUGGCGUGGCCGUCACCGCUGGGCCCAAGUUCAAGAUCGCACAGGACGGGGCCAACCACUCGCUCACCGUUACCUCGGUCAGCCUGGAGGACGCGGGGGAGAUCACCGCUGACGCAGAGGGGAAAACUUCCAAAGCGAAUCUACAAGUGCAGCAGGUGCCUGUGACAUUCACCAAGAAGCUGGAGAACUGCACGGUGCAGGAGCAACAGGACGUGCGUCUGGAGGUGGAGCUCAGCAAGCCCUCCACCGAGGUCAAGUGGAUGAAGAACAGCGUGGUGGUGCAACCCGGUGGCAACAUGGAGAUCCUCAUUGAUGGGGCUCGGCAGACCCUCAUCCUCAAAAAAGUCACCUUUGCCGACCGUGGGUACUAUUCCUGUGAGACUCUGGAUGACAAGACCCAGGCCAAACUUUCAGUGGAAAUGAAGAAAAUCCAGGUUGUGAAGGGGCUGCAGGAGGUGAAGGCCCAUGAGAAGGACACGGUGACGUUCGAGGUGGAGUUGAAUCACCCAGACGUUGAGGGGUCCUGGACCAAGGACGGAAUCAAGCUGAAAGCAGGGUCAAGCUGCCGCAUGACUGCCCUGGGCAAGAAGCACGCCCUCACCCUGUCCAGUCUCAAGAUGGAGGACACGGGGAUGAUUGUUUUCCAGGCUGAAGGGGUGCGCACCUCUGGCAGACUCACUGUCACAGAGCCUGCUGUGAAGUUCACCAAACAUUUGGAGGAUAUCAAUUCCCCGGAGAAGGAAAAGGUUACUUUUGAGUGUGAGGUUUCCCGUGCCAAUGCAGAGGUCAAGUGGUUCAAGGAUGACGCUGAGCUGAAGCCAGGGAAGAAGCUCGGCAUUCACUCACAAGGCCUCAAACGCAGCCUGCUGAUCCACAAGUGUGCCUACGAGGACCAGGGACAGUACGUCUGCGAUGCCACGGACGACAAGACAUCAGCCAAGCUCAACGUCCACGCACGAGACAUUCAAAUUGUGAAGAAGUUGGAGGAUGUGGAGGUGAUGGAGAAGGACAGCGCAGCCUUUGUGUGUGAGAUCUCCCAUGAUGAGGUGGAGGGCCAGUGGCACAAGAACGACAGCAGACUCAAAGCUGGGGACAACAUCAAGAUGAGACAAGAGGGUAGAACCUAUGUCCUACUAUUUAAGUCUGUGACGGUUGAAGAUGCUGCUGAAAUCAAAUUCACAGCAGAAAAGGCUGAAUCAACAGCUAAGCUGAAGGUUAAAGAGCUACCUGUGCGGAUUGUCAAGAAGCUCCGGGACAAGAUCGCCAUGUACAAGCACCGUGGCCACCUGGAGUGCCAGGUGUCUCGCCCAAGUGCCAAGGUCAGGUGGUACAAGAACAAGAAGGAGCUCAAACACAGUUCGAAGCAUGAGAUCACGAGCGACGGAAUCUAUAGGAAGCUCACCAUCAACGAUGUUGACUCCGCUGACGAGGACACCUACACCUGCGAUGCUGGCGAUGACAAGACCUCUUGCAAGCUGCUUGUGGAGGAGCAAGCCAUUAGCAUUGUCCGACAGCUGAGCGCGGUGGAGGUUACGGAGCCCGCCGCGGCACGCUUCGAGGUGGAGAUCAGCAUCGAGGCGGGAAAGCCGCCCAAGUGGACUCUGAGCGGAGAGCUACUGAAGACUGGCGCAGACGUGGAGAUAGAACAUGAGGGCACGGUGCACUCCCUGACCCUCAAGAAGACCAAGCCCGCCAUGUCCGGCCCUGUGCAGUUUACGGCCGGGAAGAGCAAGUCUGUGGCCCAGCUCACUGUGAAAGAGCGCUCUCUGGAGGUUGUACAUCCACUCAAAGACACAACAGCCAAGGAGAAAGAGUCGGUUACUCUCAGCUGCAAGUUUUCUGCCCCACCAAAAGAGGUAUGCUGGUUCAAAAGUCAAACGGCCCUGGAGAGCUCCAGCAAGUACAGCAUGAAGCAGGACCAGAGCCGCAUGGAGCUGACCAUCCACAACUUGACUGGUGGGGAUUCUGGGGAAUACCGCUGUGUGGCUGGGGCCUCGGAGAGCAAGGCUACUCUCACUGUGAAAGUCCGGGAUGUGAAGUUCACCAAGCACCUGCAGGACUUGGAGGUGGAGGAGGACGGUGACGCCACCCUCACCUGUGAGGUCAACUAUGCCGACGAGGAGGUGCAGUGGCUGCUGAACGGAACGCCACUGUGCACCAACGAAGUCAACGAAAUCCAACACAUGGGCAAGACCCACACUCUCACCCUCAAAAACCUGGCUCCCCAGGAUGGAGGGACCAUCACCGUCACCGUUCGGGAAAUCAGUGAAUCCGCUACCCUCAAGGUCAAAGAGAAGCUGGCUGUGUUUCUCAAAUCCCUGGAUGAUGUGGUAGGAGAGGAGAAGGGGACAGUCACCUUGAAGUGUGAGGCCUCCAAGCCCCGAGUCUCUCCUGUCUGGAAGAAGGAUGGUGUGAUCCUGGCUGCCAGUGACAAGUAUGAGCUGCUGCACUCUGGGAAGUCUCUGGGACUGACCAUUCAUGACCUUACCCAGGACGACACAGGAGAGUACACUUGCGAUCUUGGCACCGAUCUGGCUAAGUCCAAAGUCACCGUACAAGACCUGACCAUUGGCAUCACCAAGCGUCUGAAAAUGGCAGAAGUGAGGGAGGGUGAGUCCUGCAGCUUUGAGUGCAUCCUAUCCCGCGAGAGCACAGAGGAGUGCUCCUGGACCGUGAACGGUCAGCCCGUGGUCAAUGGUGGCCGCUUCCAGGUCUCCAGCAAGGGCCGCAAAUACACACUGAACAUCCAGGACGUGUCUGCCAGCGACGCUGGGGAGGUGGUCUUCACCAUCAAGAACCUGACCUCCAAGACCACGCUAUCUGUCAAAGGGAAGGCCGUCAAAGUGAGCAGGGAGCUUCAGGACAUGCGCGUAGCCCCAGGAGAGGAUGCCGAGUUCAGCUGCGAGGUCACUAAGCCCGGGGCCCCCAUCAAGUGGUCCAAAGAUGGGAAGGCCAUCAGGAGGAGCAAUAAGUACGAGAUCAGCCAGGACGGGUGCCUCGCCAAGUUGCUCAUCCACAGCACUACCACCAGGGACUCCGGCGAGUACUGCUGUGAGGUGGACGAUGCAGCCACCACUAGGGCCAAACUGGAAGUCAAAGAGCUGGACCAGCACUUCACCAAGCAGCUGCAGGAUGCCGAGGCGGAGGAGAAAGGCACGGUGACGUUGGAGUGCGAGACGGCCUGCCCCGCCGCCAGGGUCACCUGGCUGAAGGGAAUGGCAGAGCUGCGAGCGAGCGAGAGGUACGAGAUGAAGAAGCAGGGCACCCUCCUCUCCCUCACCAUCAAGGGGCUAGAGAAGAGCGACAGUGAUGCCUACUGCUGCGACGUGGGGACCGCCCAGAGCAGGGCCAGGCUGACGGUGCAAGGUCAGAAAGUGCAGAUAGUGGAGGAGCCAGAGGACGUAGAGUGUUUAGAGGGGGAGUCGGCCACCUUUAAGUGCCGCAUCAGCCCCAGCGAGUACGUUGGCGUGCAGUGGCACCUUGACAAAACGCCCCUGCACACCAAUGAGCUCAAUGACAUCCAGACCCUGCCCGGUGGCUACCACUCCCUCACCGUCAAGAAGCUUACACUCAAGGAUUCGGGCACCGUCUCUGUGGAGGCUGGGGACAAGCGGGCAUGCGCUUCCCUGUUAGUCAAAGAAAGGCCCAUCUCUAUUACCAAAGAGCUGAAGGACUGCGAGGCUAAAGAAGGAGAAGACUUGGUCCUGUCGUGCCACAUUUCCAAGAGCUGCGACGUCCAGUGGUACAAGGAUGGAAUCUUAAUACAGGACACCUCCAAGCGCCUGACCAGUCGGUUGGACACAGAGGCUGUACUGACCAUCUGUGGGGUGGGCGAGAGUGAUGCAGGCAUGUACAGGUGCGAGGCCGGAGGGGCCAGAACCGAGGCCCGGGUCACAGUGAAGGCUCUCCCAGCUGAGUUUGUACAAAAACUGAAGAACCAGGAGACCAAAGAGGGAGGAAGUAUUACCCUGUGCUGUGAGUUCUCCAAACCAGGAGCAAAAGCACAGUGGAAGAAGGGAACGGAUGUAUUGACAUCUGGAGAUAGGUACAAGAUCAAGCAAAGUGAUACAACCUUCGAGCUGAAUAUCAGCAAUAUGAAGCCAGAAGACUCUGGAGACUACAGCUGUGAAUGUGCAGGCCAAAGGACUAUGGCCAGCAUCAAAGUCCAUGCGGUUCCUGUCACCUUCAAGAAAGAGCUGAAGAACCAGGAGUGUGAGGAGGGUAGCAGUGUAACCCUGCUCUGUGAGCUCUCUAAACCUGGAGCCCCAGUGGAGUGGAGGAAGGGAAGAGAGGUACUGAAGACUGGAGACAAAUAUAAGAUGAAGCAGAAGGACUGUUCUGUUGAGCUGAAGAUCUGCCAGCUGAAACCUGAAGACUCUGGAGACUACAGCUGUACCUGUGGAGACCACAGGACUACAGCCACUGUCAGUGUCAAGGCACUGCCCAUCACAUUCACUCGAGAGCUGAAGAACCAGGAGUGUGAGGAGGGUAGCAGUGUAACCCUGCUCUGUGAGCUCUCUAAACCUGGAGCCCCAGUGGAGUGGAGGAAGGGAAGCGAGGCAUUGAAAUCUGGAGACAAAUAUAAGAUGAAGCAGAAGGACUCUUCUGUUGAGCUGAAGAUCUGCCAGCUGAAACCUGAAGACUCUGGAGACUACAGCUGUACCUGUGGAGAUCACAGGACUACAGCUACUGUCAGUGUCAAGGCACUGCCCAUCACAUUCACUCGAGAGCUGAAGAACCAGGAGUGUGAGGAGGGUAGCAGUGUAACCCUGCUGUGUGAGCUCUCUAAACCUGGAGCCUCAGUGGAGUGGAGGAAGGGAAGAGAGGUACUGAAGUCUGGAGACAAAUAUAAGAUUAAGCAGAAGGACUCUUCUGUAGAGCUGAAGAUCUGCCAGCUGAAACCUGAAGACUCUGGAGACUACAGCUGUACCUGUGGAGAUCACAGGACUACAGCUACUGUCAGUGUCAAGGCACUGCCCAUCUCAUUCACUCGAGAGCUGAAGAACCAGGAGUGUGAGGAGGGUAGCAGUGUAACCCUGCUGUGUGAGCUCUCUAAACCUGGAGCCUCAGUGGAGUGGAGGAAGGGAAGAGAGGUACUGAAGACUGGAGACAAAUAUAAGAUGAAGCAUAAGGACUCUUCUGUAGAGCUGAAGAUCUGCCAGCUGAAACCUGAAGACUCUGGAGACUACAGCUGUACCUGUGGAGACCACAGGACUACAGCCACUGUCAGUGUCAAGGCACUGCCCAUCACAUUCACUCGAGAGCUGAAGAACCAGGAGUGUGAGGAGGGUGGCAGUGUAACCCUGCUGUGUGAGCUCUCUAAACCUGGAGCCUCAGUGGAGUGGAGGAAGGGAAGAGAGGUACUGAAGUCUGGAGACAAAUACAAGAUGAAGCAGAAGGACUCUUCUGUUGAGCUGAAGAUCUGCCAGCUGAAACCUGAAGACUCUGGAGACUACAGCUGUACCUGUGGAGACCACAGGACUACAGCGAGUGUCAGUGUCAAGGCUCUUCCUGUGACAUUCACUCGAGAGCUGAAGAAUCAGGAGUGUGAGGAGGGUGGCAGUGUAGCCCUGCUCUGUGAGCUCUCUAAACCUGGAGCCCCAGUGGAGUGGAGGAAGGGGACAGAGCUGCUGAAGUCUGGAGACAAAUAUAAGAUGAAACAGAAGGACUCUUCCAUAGAGCUGAAGAUCUGCCAGUUGAAACCUGAAGACUCUGGAAACUAUAGCUGUAUCAUUGGAGACAAGCAGAGCUCUGCUCAGGUUAACGUCAAUGCUCUCCCAGUGACUUUCGUAAAAGAGCUGCAGGACCAGGAGUGUGAGGAGGGGGGCAGCGCAACCCUGCACUGUGAGCUCUCUAAACCUGGAGCCCCAGUGGAGUGGAGGAAAAGGGGUGUGGUCCUGCAGUCUGGAGACAAAUACCAAAUCAGGCAGGAAGGAACAGUGGUGGAGCUGGUAGUCUGCAAUCUGAAGAUGGAAGAUAUGGGCAACUAUAUCUGUAGUACUGGGGAAAAUACGAGCGUUGCAUCUCUGAUGGUCAACGCUCUCCCGGUCAUUUUCAAACAAGAGCUGCGAGACCAAGAGGCCGAAGAAGGGAGCAGCAUCACCCUAAGAUGCGAGCUCUCUAAGGCCGAAGCCCCUGUAGAGUGGAGGAAGGGGGGCAUGGACCUGUGCCCCUGCGCGAAAUACGAAAUGAGUCGAGAGGGCUGCAGGGCUCAGUUAGUUAUCCACAGUGUAGAUCCAGAGGACACUGGAGACUACACCUGUGACUCUGGAGCCCGGCAAAGCACUGCCCAUCUGACCGUAAAGGCCCUGCCCGUAUUUUUCAGGACUCAGCUAGAGAGCCUGGAGGUAGAGGCAGGGGGCACCGCUACCCUGAGCUGUGAGGUCACCAAACCUGGUGCCGUGGUAACCUGGAAGAAGUGCGACCAGGUUGUGGAGUCUAGCGAUAAGUACCAAGUAAAGCAGGAGGGCACUUUGGUGGAGCUGGUAAUCUACAAACUGCGGGGUGCAGACUCUGGAGAGUAUACCUGCGACACCGGAGACCAGAAGAGCUCCGCUGUGCUCACUGUGCAGGAGCGGGAAGUGGUCAUCGUUAAGGGUCUUGAGGGUCUCACGGUGCGUGAGGAAGACGAUGCGCUGUUCGAGUGCCAUGUCUCUCACGACAAUGUGCCUCAGGUCCAGUGGACGCUACAGGGCGUCCCGCUUCAGAACAACGAGAUGAAUGUGAUUGGGGUGGUGGACCGGGUGCACACCUUAAUCCUUCGGAACGUCACUCAGCAAGACUCUGGCACCGUGGCCUUCAGCGUCGGACCACUCACCUCAUCUGCUAAGCUCACGGUGAGAGCUGCCAGCGUGCCCUUUACCGGCUGGCUCCAGAACCAGGAGGCCGAGGAAGGGGGCUGUGUUGCCCUGUGCUGUGAGCUCUCCACACCUGGAGCCACAGUUGAGUGGAGGAAGGGCGAGGUCAUCCUGAUGCACGGGGCCAAAUUUCAGAUGAAGAUGGAGGGCACAAUGGCCGAGCUUGUCAUCAACAGUCUGACUCUGCAGGACUCGGGAGACUAUACUUGUGACACAGGAGACCAGCAGACCACUGCCUCUGUCAUGGUCAAAGCGGCCCCUGUGGUGUUCGAGAAGGACCUGGAGAGCCAAGAGGCCAGCGAAGGGGAGGAUGCCUUCCUUCGCUGCACAACCUCCAGCGCAGCCGCCACCGUCACCUGGAGGAAGGGCUCAGUAGUGCUCUCCCAGGGGGAGAAGUACUCCAUGCAGGAGAAGGGUGCCGAGCGCAUCCUGGUCAUCCACAAACUAAGGCCGGAGGACGCCGGCGAGUAUACCUGCGACACGGGGAAGAGCACGAGCACCGCCUCUCUCACUGUGAAAGAGCACGUGCGGAUCACGGUGGGGCUCCGAGACAUGACCGUUAGGACCGGGGAGGACGCUUGCUUUGAGUGCACUUUGUCCCACCUGGGGGUGACGAAUGGAGAGUGGUGGCUGGACUCCAACCACCUGCAGAACAAUGACCUGAACCAGAUGAGCUGCGAGGGCUACCAGCAGCGCCUGGUGCUGAAGAUGGUGACGCCGGACGAGUCGGGCACCGUGGCCUUUGUGGUCGGUGGGGAGACGACCACCGCCAAUCUGCUGGUGCAGGCGAAGCCAGAGCCCCCCACCUCCUUCCUGCAGGAGCUGGAGAACCAGGAGGCCGAGGAAGGGGACAGCAUAACUCUCCGCUGCGAGGUCUCCAGGCCUGGAGCCUCGGUGGAGUGGAGGAAGGGGGGAGUGGUGCUUCAGCCCAGCAGGAAGUACGAGAUGAGGCAGGAAGGCUCCGUCCUGGAGCUGUGCAUCCACGACCUGGAGCAGGAUGACAAUGGCUACUACACCUGCGAUGUAGGGGACCAGCUGACCACAGCCUCGGUGACAGUACAAGAGCGAGAGGCGCAGAUAGUGCGCGGUUUAAAGAACACGGACAUCUUUGUCGGGGAGAAGGCCGAGUUCUCCUGCCAGCUGUCCCGCCGGGCCGCUAGGCCGGUGCAGUGGUGGCUGGACGGCACCGCCCUGCGGCAGAGCAGCUUCAGCGAUAUCGGGGAGGGCCAGGGCCACGUGCACACGCUCGUCCUAAACAACCUGGCCCCCAACGACUCGGGGACGGUCACUUUCAAAGCCGGGAGCCUGGUGUCCACUGCCAAGCUGUUAGUCAAAGAUCCCACAGUAGAAGUGGUGAGCGCCAUGGAGGACCUGAGAGUGGUGGAGGACCAGCCGGCCGAGUUCAUCUGCCAGUACUCACGGCCGGUUAAGGCCGUGUGGAAGAGGGACGGGCUCCCGCUGCAGCCGGACGGCCAGCGGGUGCUGGUGGAGCAGGACUGGAACGUGGCCCGGCUGCACAUCAGCCGUGCGACCGCGCAGGACAGGGGGACGUACUCCUGCGAGGCGGAGGGGACCUGUGUGGUGGCCCUCUUGGAGGUGCAAGCCAAGCCCAUUGACAUCGUCCAGGGCCUGGAGAACGUGGAGACCUUUGACGGUGGGGAGGCUCUGUUUGAGUGCUCACUGUCCCGGCCAGAGAACCAGAACUGCCACUGGCUCGUUGACGACAAGCCAGUGAAGGAAACGCCAAAUGUGGAGAUUGUGUCCUUUGAGAGUGGCCGGCGCCACCUCCUGCUGCUCAAGGAUCUGCAUGCUGGAGACAGCUGCAGGGUCACCUUCAUGGCCGGCAAUGCCGUCUCCUCUGCCUUCCUUACUGUUAAAGGCUGGCAGCUCAAUGUCGUGAAGCACCUGGAGGAUAAGGAGGCAGCCGUGGGCCAGCAGGUGGAGUUCAGCUGCGUGCUAAGCGAGGCAGUGCCAGUCAGCGAGGUUGCCUGGUACGCCAAUGGCGCGGAGCUCCGUCCGGAUGAUAGCUGGUCCCUGCAGGCAGACGGCUGCAUUUACCGCCUCAUCUUGAAGGAGGCCAGGGCCCAGCCCCCUCUGGAGAUCACUUUUGCCGCCCGUGAUGCCAUCUCCAUCGCCAAGCUCACAGUCAUUGCUCUCCCCGACCCCCCCGAAGACCCUGAGGUGGUGAGUAAGAGCGACCAAUCGGUGACGCUGUCCUGGUACACGCCCCUGAGUGAUGGGGGCAGCCCCAUCCUGGGCUACAAGGUGGAGAUGCGGCUGGCCGACAGCGCCCUCUGGCUGCCGUGUCACACAGAGCCUGUCUGCAGCACCGAGUUUGUGGUGGACAACCUCAUCCCUGGCACGGGGUACAGGUUCCGAGUGGCGGCGCUGAACCAGGCCGGUGUAGGGGAGCCCGUCCAGCUGCCUCAUACUGUGCAGAUAGAAACCCCAGUGACAGUGACAGAGCAACUGUCCAGCCCGCUGCCGGAAGUGGGAAAGUCGGCUCGCCUGGAGUGUCAGCUGUCCAUGGAGGGCAGUUCCGUCACUUGGCUCAAAGACAGCCACGAGGUUGACUUGGGGACGAAGUACCAGGCGCUCACAGAGGGGAAGAAACAGAUUCUGCUCAUUUCGGAGUUUCAGCCCAGCGACCAGGGUGUUUAUACAUGCGUGGCCUCUGACGAGGCAGAGACCUCUGUCAACCUCUACGUGGAAGGAGCAGAUGUUUCCCAGACAGGCUUGGGAGUGGAAGAGGAGGGCGGCCAGCCUAGCCUGCCCCCAGAAGCUGCCACGGAGGGAGAUUUGCACCUACUCUGGGAGGCGCUGGCUAAGAAACGCCGCAUGAGCCGCGAGCCCACGCUGGACUCCAUUUCCGAGCUGCCGGAGGAGGACGGCAAAGAGUCAAAGGAGAAGCAGAAGGUGGAUAAGGAGGAACAGAAGGUGGAGGUGAAGGAGAAAGCAAAGCCUGCUGAGCCUCUACCAAGGAAAGAGGUGGAGCCUAACUUGUACACCAGCUCGGAUGAUGAGUCCCCCUCCCUGGUGUCCUACCUCAAGAAGAGCAGCAAGUCCACCACAACCGUCACUGCCAGUCAAGUCCAGACUGCUUCUGCCGAAAAGUUUUACCAGCUCUUCCAGAUGACAGAGGAAGUGCAGCAGGCCCCAGCCAAGCCCCCAACUGAGCCCCCAACUGAGCCCCCAGUUGAACCCCCAGUUGAGCCACCAGUUGAAACCCCAGCUGAGCCCCCAGCUAAGGAUGAAGACACUGAGAUGCUGGAUGCAGCGGUCAAGAUCCAGGCAGCCUUCAAGGGGUACAAAGCCCGCAAGGACAUGCGUCCCACCUUCAAGGAUGUCUUCAAGGACCAGACCAUGGAGCCUGGCGGCACCAUCCACCUUGAGUGUGUGGCGGUGGGGAAGCCGGACAAGGUCCGCUGGCUGAAGGACGGCGAGGCCCUGGCAGACGGCAAGCACCACCACAUUGACAUAUACAAUGACGGCACCUGCUCCUUAGUCAUCACCGGCGUCACCACCAAAGACACGGGUGUCUACACCUGCGAGCUGACCAAUAAGUUUGGCGUGGCCAAGCACACUGGAAAGGUGACGGUGGGCAGUCUGAGGGAGUCUUCGGGGCGCCGCCCCCUGCAGCUGCCGUACGGUUACAGCGCUGACAGUGAGCCUGAGAGCUCGUCGGGCAGCGAGAUGGAUGAGUCCUUGCGGCAGGCCAGCAAGCGGCUACGGCGUCUGCUACGCAACCGCCUGCCACCGGACGUGGAGGAGGAGCCCUUCAUCAGCGCUGACGAGGGCGACCUGCCGCCCCCGGACCCACACUCAUACCGCGAGGACGACAAUUACAUCUACAUCCGCUUUGAUUCCCUGUCAGAGGCCCAGAUGGCCUCGCAGCGCUUCCAGGAGAUGUUCACCGCACAGGGGGUCCCCAUAGAGACCACCAUCCUGGAGGGGGGGCCGCGCAAGGUGGAGCUGCGCAUCCUGAAGAUGGCCUACUCUCAGGACGGCACUCAGACCCCCACACAGGAGGAACAGCCCACCUUCAUAACCGCGGCCCCGGUCUUCCUGACCGAGCUGCACAGCCAGGAUGUGCCCGACGGCUACCCGGUCAGCUUCGACUGCGUGGUCAUCGGGAAGCCGCCGCCCACCGUGCGCUGGUUCAAGGACGGCAAGCUGCUGGAGGAGAACGACCACUACAUGAUCAACGAGGACCAAGAGGGCUGUCACCAGCUCAUCAUCACGUCCGUGCUGCCCUCCGACAUGGGCGUGUACCGCUGCAUGGCUGAGAACAGCACCGGCAUCGCCUCCACAAAGGCUGAGCUCAGGGUUGAUGUGUCCUGUAGCUCUGACUAUGAUACUGCUGCUGAUGCAACAGAGACCUCCUCUUAUAUCAGCGCCAAGGGCUACAUAUCCAGGGAAACGGAGGCUUUUGAGUCUGUGACAGAGGAGGAGCAGCUCCCCCAGGUGGUGGACGAGCUGCAUGAUGUUCACGUUAGCCCUGGCGCACCCAUUGCCAAAAUGCAGGUCAAGGUCAAAGGGUUCCCUCGGCCCAGGGUGUACUGGUUCAAGGAUGGGCAGCCCCUUCGACCCUCGGACCGGAUUCUGGUGUCAGAGGAGAAGGGCCUCCACAGCCUGGAGAUUCUGGAGGUGACACGGGACGACACCGGGGAGUACUCCUCCUACAUCAGCAACGCUGCUGGAUCUGCCUACUCCUCCGCCAGACUGCUCGUGCUGGGUCCUGGAGAGUGUAUGCCUGACGAAGCCGGGAAAGUCAAAGGAGCAAAGGAACUGCUGGUCCCUCCACGUUUUCUGGAGAGAUUUCCCAACAGGAAAGUGAAAAAGGGAGCCAGCAUCACCUUGUCUGUCAAAGUCGAAGGCUCCCCAGUGCCUCUAAUCACCUGGCUGAAAGAGGAGUCUGCCGAGGACGUGCUGUGGAUCAAACCCGACACGCCCGGUUACAAGGUGGCUGGCUCCGACCGCCAGCACAGCCUCAUCCUUAUGGAUGUGAGCCCGCAGCACACUGGCACCUACACCUGCAUUGCGACCAACAGGGCCGGCCAGUCCAUCUGCUCCGCCCACCUGGAGGUGGAUGCCGUGGCUCAAGUGGAGGUCCAUGUAGAGGAACACAAACCCAAGCCCAUGCAGGAGGUUCUCGGAAUCACUAUCAGUCCUCCUGAAGAUGAGAGCAGGGUUCAGGGUGAGAGCAAGUCAGCGGGCACCUUUUUGGGCCAAGUGGGUACAGAAGAGUUCCUGAUGAAACUCACCUCCCAGAUCACAGAGAUGGUAUCUGCCAAGAUUAGCCAAGACAGCUUUCAGAACCAUCAAGUGCUCCAGUGGAUGAGGUCAUGGCCCAAAGUAUCCACCUCUCUGCGUGUGCCGGGGGCAGACAGCGACGAUGACACAAAAACUCCCUCCGCCUCGCCCCACCAUGGCCGCUCCCGGCCCUCCUCCCUGAUCGUGGACUCUUCGUCAGAGUCUGACGACGGCGAGUCCAGGGGAGAGAUGUUUGAUAUCUAUGUAGCCACAGCGGAUUAUAACCCCACUGGAGCCAAUCUGGAGACCAUCGCUCUGAAGGAAGGCCAGUAUGUGGAAGUUCUGGAUUCCGCACAUCCCCUGAAGUGGUUGGUCCGCACAAAGCCCACCAAAACCACACCCUCUCGCCUGGGCUGGGUUUCCCCGGCUUACCUCGACAAGAAGCUAAAGGUGUCCCCUGACAGUGGGGAGGUUUCAGAGAUUGGUGGGGAACAGGUGUCAGAGAGCGAGUACAAAAGGAGGCUCUGCCAACUGAUCCAGGAGAUGAUCAGCAGCGAGGCAGAGUUUGUGAAAGAACUGGAGUUCUUUGUGUCCCACCAUCUGAAGCAUGUUGAAAGUAGCCCUGACGCUCCAUCCUAUGUCAGCGGCCAGAAAGAGGCCAUCUUCCGAAACAUUGAAGACAUCAAGACCUUCCACAGCAGUUGUUUGCUGCCGAGUCUGAGCGAGUGUGAUACCGACGACGACGUGGCCUUGCGCUUCCUCAGAAGUGCAGAGGGCUUUGAAAAGUACCUCCAGUACCUGGUGGGACAACCACUGGCUGAAGCUACUAUUGGGGACAAGGCUGUUCACCAGUACUUCAAGGAAUAUAAUGAGAAAGACUUGGCCAAUGUUGACCCCUCUGAGGGCCCUGUGCUGAGUGUCAAUGCCUACUUACAGAGACCACUGGAGAGGAUCCAGAGGUACAAAGCUUUGUUAAAGGAGCUGAUCAGGAACAAGGCCAGGAAUGGGCAGAACUGCUGCCUGCUGGAGGAGGCCUACUCCAUCAUCUCCUCGCUUCCACAGCGCUCGGACAACACGCACCAUGUCUCUCUGAUUGAGAACUACCCCGCCACCCUCGAAGCACUGGGAGAACCUAUCAGACAGGGACCCUUCACCGUGUGGGAGGGGGCACCUGGAAUCAGAACGUCCUCUAGGGGACACCAUCGCCACGUUUUCCUCUUUAAGAACUACGUCAUCAUCUGCAAGCUCAAGAGAGACACCAACACGGACACUCAGGCCUAUGUCUUCAAAAACAUGAUGAAGCUGACCAACAUCGACGUGAACGAGAUCGUGGAGGGAGACGACCGGGCCUUCGAGAUCUGGCAUGAGCGCGAGGACUCAGUGAGGAAGUACACGUUGCAGGCCCGGACGGUCAUCAUUAAGAACUCAUGGCUGAGGGACCUGAGGGACCUCCAGCAGCGCUACAGCCUGCCCGCCUGGAGCCCCCCUGACUUUGAUGAGGUCCUCGCUGACUGCACAGUGGAGCUGGGACAGACAGUGAAGUUGGCCUGCAAGGUCACGGGAACCCCAAAGCCCGUUGUCACCUGGUACAAAGACGGGCGUCCGGUGGAGGCGGAUCCCCACCACAUCAUCAUUGAGGACCCCGACGGCUCCUGCACCCUCAUCCUGGACAACAUGACAGCAGACGACUCGGGACAGUACAUGUGCUUCGCCACCAGCACCGCAGGAAACGCCAGCACGCUGGGCAAGAUCACUGUGCAGGUGCCUCCUCGCUUUGUGAACAAGCUGCGGAAUGCUGCCUACAUACCCGGCGAGGACGCCCAGUUCACCUGUACCAUCCAGAGCGCCCCCAACCCCAAGAUCAGAUGGUUCAGAGAAGGCAAGCUGCUAACGGACCAGGAAAAGUACCAGACGUUCAGUGAGCUGCGCAGUGGAGUUGUGGUCCUCGUCAUAAAGAAUCCUGGAGAGAAGGAUCUGGGACGUUACGAGUGUGAGCUGUCCAACCGGCUGGGCAGUGCCAGGAGUGCGGCUGAACUGUGCCCACAGUCUGCCAUGGCAACAACCGGGGAGCAGGCUGUCACCAUCGAAGUCACAGAGCAGGAGACUAAAGUGCCAAAGAAAACCAUCAUCAUAGAAGAAACUAUAACCACAGUGGUGAAGAACACUCGAAUGAAGCACCGCAUGUCCCCGGGGCUGUCCCCCUCGAGGACCCCCACCCCUGAGCCCUCAGGGGCAGGCUCCAGGCAGAGGCGACCCGCCUCCCGCUCCUACCAGGAAGCAGCAAAGAAGCCCAUCGUCCCCACGUUGUACGUGACAGAGGCGGCAGGGGCGACGGGUACAACCAUCAGGCUCGGGGAGAAGAAACCCAAGUGGGUGGAGGUGGAGGAAAUAAUCGAGUACAAGGUCAACAAGUCUCCCAAGCUGCCCAGGAGGGCCGGAGUCUCACCCAGGAGGUCGCGCCGGGACGACCCCAACACCAACAACUCCAACAACAAGCUAGUGGAGCAGGCCGAUGCUGGAGCCUCCGCUCGGGCAGACUGCUUCAGCGAAGUUCAACCUUUGUCUUGGGAAGAUGAGUAUGUGACCUUGGAAGAGCCUGAGGAUACACCAGAGGACGCAGCGGAGGUGGCGACCGGCAUCCAUCUGAGAGAAGCUGUCUCAUCCACGACGGCUGCUGUUGGCCAGACUCUCGUCUUCAGCUUCCAAAGUCCAGCAGUGUCUAACUCCGGGGAACCGGAGCAGGUGGUCACCCCCGUGGACAGGGAAGAGUUAGACUGGCCAGAGGAGGAAGUGGUCAUUAUCGAAGAGCUUGAGGAUGAUGACCUGGACAGCAGAGACCUGAAGAUUUUGACAAGGGAGGGCCGAGCUCUGACCUUGGAGGACCUCGAAGACUACGUCCCGGGUGAAGGGGAGACAUACAAGUGCCCCGAGCACACUGGCCGCUCCGUGGCUGACAAGCCCUGCGAGAUCGCUGUCCUGCAGAGGGAGAUCAACGAGCCUACCGUUGGCAAGCCGGUGCUACUGAACCUGGGCCGGCCAGUUGCCCCUAAACCCCGACCCGGGUUCUUCAGCCGCUUCAAGGAGCACCUCUCCAGCAGCCUAUUUGCCUCCUCAACCCAUCCCAGAGGUGAGCGACAGGUCCCCAUACGCUUGAGCGGAGUCCACUCCCGCUGCCGGCCAGCAGAGGCUGCCACUGCCACCUUGUCCUGCGAGAGCCAGGCCAAGCUUGAGGUCAAGCCGUCGUACAGCCUGGAGGUUCAAAGAAGCACAGAAGGCGGGCAGCAGAGCUUCAAAACAGAAGUGUCAGCCCGCACCUUCAGCUACGCGCCAGUGGGAGAAUCAGUCACUCUGCAUAUCAACAAGAAGGACAAGUACCAACCAUCAAAGCCAUAAACAGCAAACUUGGAAAUAAAAUUAUCUACUGCCUUGUAUGUAAAAAAAAAAAAUUAAUAAAAAAAAAAAAACAUAUAACAAAUCCAACCAGAAAGAGACCUGAAAUAGCCCUUUUAGUCUUAAAUGGGAACAUUUCUGUAAAUUCUACUUAAAUUGUAAAGGCAUAUGCAGAGCUUUUAUUUACUGUAAGUUGCAGAUCAUUCCAUAUUGAUGCAAAGAAGCUGGAGAUUAGAUUUGGCCAAUUCCUCCUCUUCAUUUAUUUUUCUUCUUUUAACUGUAGGUCAAAAGGUGUACAAUGAAAGUUAUAUCUUAUACAAUUUUAACAGCACAAUAAUAUGUUUGCAACAUCAGACGCUUGUGAGAAAAAAGCAUCAAUCAUAGUUGCUUUGAAAUCAAUCAAGUCUACCCCAGUGUGUGUCUGCCUCAUUUUUGAGCGCACAUACAUAAAUAUACAUACUGUAAAAAUGCUAAAAAAAAAUACUGACGUUAUAUUCUCAAAAUGUUAUCCGUUUGCUCAAUCAAGCGGUAACAGUUGUACCUCAGAAUCACGGAAAGGUUUGAAAAAAGCAGGAUAAAGCAAAGUCAUGCUAAGAGAUGUUUGUAAAGUUGAAGGUAUUGUGUACACAGUAUCCUUCCAGAUGAGGCUAAACAAAGGCAAAUUGCAAACGUAUGUUUUUCUUACAUAUUUAUAAAAAAGAUGAAAGAAUAAAAACCUUGUGUUUUGGGCACCAAGUUGUUCUAAGUAUGUAAGUUUGUUUUUUGAAAAUGUUUGCUAAGAUUGUCAAGAACAAUACUCUUCAGUGCGGGCAGUAAGACACACUUUAUCUAGAUGGUGCAAAGACCAAACUGUUGAGGGUAUUGUUCUAGCUUAAAGAAAAAAAUGUUUGAAACAGGAUUGUCAAAGGCUCUUGGUGUUGUUUCAGAGUAUUGCCUUCUGAUACAAAUAUUGUAUCAAAAGCUGUUAUGUUGGUUUAACUGAAGUGUAGCAUAUGAAGAUCGACACAAUCCUACUACUGAUAUUUAAUUUAGUCAUACAUUCACUGAAUAAAAUGUCUUUCUCCAUGGAAUCUCAGUGUUAGGUUUCUGAAUCACCUCAUGUGUAGUACAAAAGUGUACUUAUUACACCUAAUUUGGCAAUGUUGUUUUUUUUUGCCAUUUCAGAACACUGAUACCUCUAAUUCUUUCACUUGUAGUACGGAGUGACCGAGCCCUUUGGCUUGAGACAUGAACCGUCUGUGUUCAGUUCAAGUUAUUUAAUGACAUCAAUUGCACGCAACCAGGCCAUGUCACAGUUUAUUCUUGCACUGAUGAAUUGAUUCUGUAGACUACCAUAUUUUCUAGUUAGAUCUUUAAACUUUUGAAUUUCUACAGUUUGGACAAGGUGGGCUCCUCCCAUCUGAAAAUAUUUACAGUGGAUGCUUUUGGAAAGUAUUUAAUAAUAUAAAACAAAGAAAGAAGUGGAAGAACUACCAAGAGAGAGACAGCAUGACAUAAUUUAUUUGAGGAAACUGCUUGUGUAUUUAUCCUGGUGCAUUUAUUUCUAUCAGAAUGCAAGGCUUCUUGUCUUGUGCAGUAUUAUCAUGGUACAUGUUAUUUAAGAGAACCUCCACUGGAAAAGAAAUAACAUGCUCAAAAUCCAAAGAAUGGUAAAUUAAAAAUAUCUCUCCUUUGAUGCCGAUUUCAAAAUUGUUUACUUUUCCAUUUGCAUUAUAAAUGUUUGAGGCCUUUAGUUUUCAAACAGUGUGGGGCACUGCACUAUGGGGCUUGUUCUGGAUCUGAAGUCUUCCUUUUGAAGGGGGUUUGACUGCUACGUAUCCAGGGUUGUGACUUUAAUGGUUGUCUUUUUGUGUUCAUGUAUUCACAUUCAACUGUAUGUGUUCCUUUCAGACAAAACAACGAUUAAAAUUGCAUCCCUGAAUAACAAGGACAGUCAAUGCCCCUUUCAAAAAGGGAGACUAGGGAGCCACAUAUAACCGGCAAUCCCAAAGUGCAAUACUUUAAUUUUAAAAUGGGAAACAAAUAAGAGGUAUUCUUCAUUGGCCAUUCUCUGCAUUUCAAGAUUUUUUUGUUGUUGUUUUUUUCCUCUCAGUGAUAGUUCCUCUUAAGCACAUGGUCUGGUUUUACACCAGGGAUUUAUUUAGGUAUGCCAUGCACAGUAAACCACUGAACCUGGUGGUGAUCUAAAUGGAUUUUAAGAUGUAGGCAUUAGCAUCACAAAAGGCGUUGCAAAUCUCCACUUAGACAAGAUGUGCGUGAAGUCUGGAUUUAUUAUACAUUGUUUCAUAAUGAAUGAUGCAGAGGACAGUAAGUAAUGUUUGCCUUUGUUUUAUUGAUAAUGGAUGAAGUUAUGUGAAAUGUCCUGUAAAAAAUACAUUGAAUCAUACAACGAUUGAUUUAGGUGAUGGAGCUCUAACACAAAAAUGCACAAUUGUGUUUGGAAUCCCUGCUAAUGUUUAUAUUCAAAAUUAUAGUUGAUAGCCGUGUUUGAGGUAUUCCAAGUGUGUGUCAAGUUUAAAGCUUUUGUUCUGAAUUUAAUAAAUAUCUUGCACCUGAAAAAUCAAA